AUGGCUGCUCGUGUGGCUAGGCCCGCCAUCUCCGGGCCGCUUGUCCGUGGCCACAUAGACCGUGCCUCCAGGAGCUGUCUUGAAAUCGAGGAAUCCCUUGCCCAAUGGCUGUCAGGACUCACCGUCCGGGAUCGACCUGCAGAUCCAUCCGAUGUAGACGUGGCAGCAGCCACAGGAAAUGCCGCAGGCGACGGCGACGGCGCCGGCAGCUCGCAGGAGGACAGUAAAUCAGGCCCGUCGGACCGCAAACUUCUCCGCAAGGUCCCCCCCGUAGUCGACACCCUGCGCGACAGUGGUGCGCCGAACGGCCAAAGCUCCUCAGGAUCAGACAGCGUCGGAAGCAACGGCAGCGGCGAGGACCCAAGAGAGCCCACCAGCUCCGACGGGGCCAUCCUCGCCACCGUCUUCCGCCCGCUGCCGCAGGUGCACCAGUUCAGUCCGUUCCACACCACCCCCAGGACCGGCGGCCACACCAACCGCGAGGUGACCCGACGGCUGCGCCGCCCCCUGACUGCGACGGACCUGGUCCGCAAGAAGGGUAAGGCGGCGGCCGCCGGGGGAGGGGAGCAAGGCAACAACAACAACAACAGCGACAGCGACAGCGACUUCCGCGGCGGCUUCGUCUACGUCUUCACGCUGCCCGACUCGGUGGCCGUGUGCCCGCCGACGCGACACGUCAAGGUCGGCAUGACGACGCAGCGGGCCGUGGCGUCGCGGCUGGCGCAGGUCCGCGCGCGGUGCGGCUACGCGCCCGUGCUGGUGGCGGCGGCCCGGACGCGCCACCCGCUGCGGGUCGAGGAGCUCGUGCACGCGCAGCUCGGGGAGCGCAGACGCCUGCAGCGCAGCGGGUGUCCCGGGUGCGGGUGCCGGCACAGGGAGUGGUUCGAGGCUGGGGCGGCCGAGGCGGCCGAGGCGGUGCGCGUGUGGGCGGCCUGGGUCGAGCGCCGGGCGCCGUACGACGGCGAGACCGGGGAGCUGAGGGAGGAGUGGCGCAGGCGGCUGCCCGAGACGCCGCCCGAGGACCCGGCCUUUUGGAAGCCGUUCACGGGCGUGGACGUGCCGGGCGCCGCCGCUUGGCAGGGGGGCGAUGUGCUGAUGAGCGGUUAG